AUCGCCCUGUUCGCGCGACCACCGCCGGCCAGCAGGCCCAAUACCGCUCGGAAAAAGAUAAACCCCGCCGGAUACCAUCGCAUCGCAUCGCAUCUACCACGUCCAUAUACCGAGGCCCCCUAUCUCGGUCACCUCGCCAGGUUCAUCGCUACUGCUGGUAGUAGCAAUGCCUCUACAGCUUCUUCCUGCAUCGGCAGCAGCCUUCGCACCUCGGUCGAAUCCCACCAUUGUACUAGGCUCCAGGGUCGAGACAUGGCUUACCCAGACACUGAAGCGCAUCAGUCGAGUCAAACGUCCUCUCAAUAGCGUGCCGCAACACUAUCGCUUCUUGACCGAAACACUCGGCGCCGAUUCUGCCAUUUGGUUGCUGUCUUCGCUCAUGCUGCCAAACGCUCCCGACUCGGAGCUACGCAAAGACGCCGAUCCUCUACAGGAAGCCAUCGCCAACUACAAUCUCACCCCGAUCCAAGCAUAUGUUGUCCAUGUCGACAUGAUUUCACAGCACGAGGUCGCUUUCAAGUUGACCCGAGACACCAUCGACGCUCUGAUCGACUACCACAACGAUAUCUACUCUGUCGAUAUUGCUGCUAGUACGUAUGCUUGGCCCGAGAAGGUUGAUCAGAUCAAGAAGAUGCAAGAAGCCUUUGUACAAGCCGUCAACCGCUUCGUCUACCGCACAGGCGCCCGAGCUCUGGAGGGUCUGGAAGAGGAAGGCGCCGGCGAGCUGCUCGAAGGCCGCAGUAACGACGUCAAGACUGCUGUUAUGAACCUGUUCUUGCCUCUUCUUCCGCCUCCUCCGCGUAUCGUCGAUCUGAUCGCUCCUGCCCCCAUCAUGCCGGACACGUGUUUCGUAAACGGUCAGUGGUGGCAGCCUGCUCAGCCAUACGCUCUAGUGCCCAACCCUGUAGACCCAUGGCAAGUUCUGCCGUCAAAUCCAGGGACCUCUACUGCCAACAACCCGCCUGCUCAAUACUGGUCGUCUCUUGGUAUGGACCCUGUGCAGCUCCCUUCGCCGACGCCUUCGUACAGCCAGUCACCUGUUCACGUCUCUGAGCCGCCAUUCUACACCGCGGCACAGGCAGCCAGUGGCAUACCCGUCAUGUCUAUGCCCAUGGUACCUUUGCCGAGCGCCUUGCCUUCAUGUGGCACAAGCAUGGCAAACACUGGCUUCGACGGCCUCGGCUGGAGCUUCAAUGUCUUCGCUCCCCAGUAUGCUACCAUCUAGUACUACGGCUUAAGCACAUGUUGCUAGACACAGCACGUCGGUCGAUGGCACUGACUGCAUGCCUCUUAGUUUGGUGAUCUGGCCCAUCCCAACCUUUUCCCUCGGAGACUGCAGGCUGCCAUGUCCCCAACCUGGUACCGGCAAUUAUAUGGACUGUCGACAAAUUAACCUCAUCUAGAUGCGAUGCGAUGCGAUCUCUACAUCCUGGUACAAGCCAGAGCCUCUCCCGGCUCAUCUUCUCACAGCGCAUAAGGGCGGUGUUUUAUCUUUUUCCAACUCAACUCUCCAUGUCAUUUGAGCGAGCGACUUUGCA